CUCCUGGAUGAGACCCUAGACGCUGACUGUAUCAUGUUCAUGUUUUAUAUUCUAUUUGACCGCGUAUAAGGUAACGGCCUCGGUUAGACGACCAGCGUGUCAUGAAUGCUAUGUAUUUUUUCCACGUUCCUUUUCUCUUAUCUUUCUCUAUGUUUGGUUUUUAUUGGGACCAUACUCCGCCUUUUGCAUACUUCGCUCUCUUAAAGAGACUGGGUAGCCAGAAGGAGCAUGCAGCCACGGUCACUGUAUAUCACGAAUAGAGCUUGCCAUAUGAAACCAAUCAAUAAGUCAUUGACAUGAAAAGCAAAAAAAAAG